AACAACUAUAGGUGGCUAUUCUUAGUCUCAGUCUGUCUAAGAAGGUGAUGUUUGUGAAGGAUUUGAAAUAAAAGGCAGAAGUUGGUUAAAGCUGUCUUGUCUGUAAAAUGUUCUUGAAUGUUUAGACGAAGACAUAGAGGGACUGCUAGGUGAAUGAGCACUAGGCUUGGAGUCAGGAAGACUUGAGUUUGAAUUUAGCCUCAUACACUUACUAUGUGACCCUGCAUGGGUUACUUAGUCCUGUUUACCUCAGGAACCAAGAUAGUGGAAGAAAGAAGGCACUCCCAGAGCUCUCCUCCAAGACACCUCCAAACAACUUUUUCAAUGCUUCAAAAUGAAUCCUGGAGCUGCAGAACCAAAAAAGAUGGGGUGAUGCAAUUUUCCCUCUCAAGACAAGGUCAGCUGGAAAGAUGCCUCAUUAGGUUAAGAGGGGAAACACAAUCCAAUGAAGGUGGCAACUCAGCAAGCCAGCAACAGGUCUCACCACAGCAAACCAAUCAAGCCUCUUCUAUCCCCCAGCACAGACUUGCGCAUCUAAGUCACAGCCAGGCCCAAACACAGGUCCACAAAGCAGCCAGAGACUGAGACUGAGAGACAGAGAAAGAGAGACUAAGAAUAAACCAAGAUGUCGACAAGAAAUAGUUUGACAUCUACUUUUGUACCAUCUUUUGUUCACAGGAACAGGUCUGUGUUUUGUUUUGUCCUUAACAUGUCUCAGAAGCAUUUGAAGCAAGUAGCAUGUCAAUCAGGAUUUUAAAAAAGAGCACACUGCAAUGCUAUGGGCGGGGCAAUGAAAAACCGAAAGAACUCCUUUGUUUGAGCCUUUUAGUUAGUGAGGGGUGUUCAGAAGGCAUGGUUUCAAUGAUGUUCCUGCUCCAACCUUUCCUCUUCUUCCUUCUCAGGGCAGAAGAAAAAGCUCCAGAUUCUGUUUUUGUCAUGAAGAGCCCUGAAACAGCCUUCCUUGGGAACAAUAUAACCCUGAAAUGUAACCUGGCCAUCACUACUGCGACUGUUCUGCAGAUUACCUGGCAGAAGCUGAAGGGACGUACACCAGAAAACAUAGGCACCUACAGCACUAUGUAUGGUGAAAAAAUUCACCCCCCGUACAACAAGCAUUUUUACUACAGUAGCAGUACAGAGCUGACAUCAUCAAGCGUGACAAUACAGAAUGUGACUUUGGAGGAUGAAGCAUGUUACAAAUGUCUCUUCAAUGUUUUUCCAAAUGGUAUCCAUGGAGGACAGAUCUGCUUCAGUGUACAGGCUGUGUCUGAAUUAAGAACUGAGAUCCAACCUCAAUCCAUCAUCAAGGCAACUGUUACAGUCAUCUGCUCAGCUACAGGAAAGCCUGCCCCUCAGAUCACCUUCUCCAACAGGAGGGUGUUAAUAGGAUCCCCUACUGCAUGUAUUGACCAGAAUCCAGAUGGCACAGCUACUGUCACCCAAUGGUAUAAUAUCUCUCUGGAAGCUGUGAGAAACUUGAAACUACAGAAUGUGUCCUGUGACAUGGAUCACCCUCAAGGGAAGAGAACAGCACUUGUUUCUCUUCCUCAGAAAGAAGACUAUAAAAAAAGUGGAGACCAACAAGUGAUCUACAAUAACUCACCUUGGAGGUCACGAACCCCCCUGAUAGGAGUACCAAUCCUGAGUAUCCUGAUUUGCUUGGCGAUCUGGUUUGUAAUCAAGGAAAAGAAAAAGAAAGAGAAUAUAGACACAGUUGACAACUCUGGAAGAGAGAAGAUCAUGACCCAGAUCCGAAGAAAGGGAACGUUCCCAAACAUAAAGAGGAGCCAAAAGCCUGGACAAGAUUAUCCCGCAGCCUAGAAUCUGAAGGAUUCCUGAAGGCAUCUCUACGAGAAAUCCGAAGGAGCCCUAAGAUACUAGAUCCAAAUAAGUAUUGUUUCUCAUCAUUUUCAUUGACUUUAGAAAUAUUUCUGUAGCAGACAUAAAACUGGCCAUUUUAUUUCCCCUGAAAAUUUAUUUACCCUGAGCAAAGUCCCUUUAAGUAGAGAACCUAGAAAGGACAGAACUAUUCCCCAGAUUUAGUUGAAGUGGGAAAGUUUAAAUAGAAGCAUUUUACCUGGUUAAGAGGUUUGAAAGUAACAUCUGUUCAUUUGAGAAGUUGCAGCAAAGGUUCCAGAGCGCUAGUUUGCUUCAAAGUAGUAUCAGAAGAAGUUAGGAAAGAAUGACUGAGCCUAGAAAUGAUUGUUAGUAAUAGAAGAUAAAUUUAUUUUAAAUCCGGAGCAUGGUUAGAGAGAAUAGCCAUCUAAGGAUGAAUUGUAUGGGAAGAUAAUUGGGAAAAGAUCUGCUAUGGAGGAAAUUGGGUUACUGAUACAGUCACAAGGAUGAAUGGAUGACGGGCUAAGUUUCUAUCAAGUUCUACAGGUGACUGCUGAUCAUUGCCAAUUUACAAAGGGUAUUAAUAGUCCAAAUUAUGGGAACUUUUCUCCCUCAUUUUAAGUUACUUCCCACUUUUCUCCUGUUAAUAGCAAAUUUUCUAUAAUCAUAUGAGGAAGGCAAGGCAUAGAAUAUGGAAACUGUGGAAGCAGAUAGAAAUUUGUAGCCAUUAUGAAUGAGUAAGCAAAUUCAAAGAGGUUCCUUUUCUUAAAAGGAAGAGUUUUAGGUCAUAAAGAAAACCUGGCAAAAUAUUAGUGCCAAAAGGGGGGAGGUCUUUCACAUAAAUAGUAGAUUCUAAGCAGCAUUUUUAAUAAACAAGUGUCAACAUGGAAAUCUAGAGAUCCCCAGUUUAUUUAGUUUGAGGGUAGAAAUCCCAGGUUUUGACCUUGUCACAUGAGAGGUUUCCCCCAAGGGAAGGUCCCUCUUCACCAGACAAUGGACUUCCUGGUAGUUUGGGUGGGAACAGCUAAUCCCACCCAAUAUUAAGCAUCCCUUUUGUCUCAGUGGUUUCUCCCCCUAGGCUAAGGUCCAUUGCCAAGGUGACCCAGCCCUGGUCUGAGUCUUUCCCUUUUGUGUCCAUUGUAGGGAAUCAGCCCCUCACUGUUAUUCCUGUCUGGAACUCCAUAAUUUUCCUUUCUUACCAUUGUAAAGUCAGUCAACUGUCCCUCUCCAAGCCCCCAGGCCAUCUAGAGCUGUAUAUAGGUUCCCCAAGUUCUUUUGUUCCUUGGAGUCCAUCCUGAGGUGGUGGCAUUCCCAGGGGCUAGUGACCAGGGUGUCUUGACUCUGUGCAGUCUUGGGAAACAGCUCUGUUGUCAUAUUGGUCUCACUAACCCCUUUUCCCUUGAUUAAAGAGUGAUUUUGACUAUUUAAUAGUUCUGUGUUUUUUCUAGUUGACAUUAAUGGAGGCCCCAGCGAGAUCCGAAGUCCCAGCUGCCUGAGCCCUCCAGCUAACGAAGACCCCAGACUUGAGGUACCUCACACAACCCGUUUGGGGUUGGUUCAGGAGUCCAGUUAGCAAGGGCCAGGUAAGCGGCUCUCUCGGAGGUAGGACUCGCAUCUUGUGUUUGGGAGUAACUCGCUCUUUAAUUAAGGGAUCCUUAGUUGAGCGUCUGUGGGGUACACAGCUGCAUUUCUCCAUAGCCACCCGAGCGCUAUUGGACAUGGGUAACAGCUUGUAUGUUGUCCCAAAAACUGGUGGGGGCAGUCAGCAGCAGAGUGGGGAGGGGGGUGUCAGCAGCCCAAAGAACCACCUAGAAAUACGGCCGCAAGUUACAUGGUUUCAAAGUGUGGCAAAGUGUGGACCUGAUGGAAGCAAGUAAUUUGAUAAAUGGAAAACAGUGACAAAGGCCAAUCCAAAGGUAAGCUGGCCAAUGUAAGGUUCAUUUAAUGAGGAAAAGAUAAUUGUUUUUAUAGUCUGUUUUAAGCAAAGCAGGUCGAGAAAUUGAAGAAGACAAAAGAGAAGUCUUCAACCAAAGGCUCCAGGAAUGCAUCGGAAGAAAAACCUGGUCAGAAUGGUCCAUAGACCAGGUGAAGGGUAAGAACAAGAGAGAGGUGAGGGCCAGGAGAGCUGGUCAGAGUCCUGAAAGGUUGGCUGAAAGCUUUGAAUGGGAAACUCGAGUUUGGAGUAUGAGAGCCUGAGUGUUCAAUUCAGAGUCUGAGUAACUACUUUAAGUUGAUUAAAAUAGAGAAAGUUUCUUCAUGAAUUGAAAUGCCUUGGCUUGAGGUUUAAAUGGUUAUAAAGUUUUGCAAAAAGCUUCUCAUAGAAGCUUAAGAACUUAAGUUCUGGAUUUCUUCUCAAUUUUUUUCCAUGGGCUUUUGCUUGUAUUAUAUGUCUAAUGGAUUUCUUAGGCGGAGACUUCACCAAUAACUUCAAAUGCUGGUGAUUUAAAGGUUAGCAAAUAAUGCCUGUAAGUUGUGUUAACAAUGAAUUCCUCCCAAAGUUGAAGAGGCGAGACCAGAACUGGCGAUCUAGAUAUGGGAAUAACCAGCAGGAGGCAAAAGGAGGUCCAGAAAUUCUUAACUUUAAGGUCUAAUUUUUCUUUCCAAAGUUUUGGUAUAGUUAAUGUAUGAAAUAUUGUGUAGUAUCAAGUGCAGUUAAUAUUGGUAAUAAGGUGCAUUUUAUUCUAGGGUUAUUUGAGUGCUAUCAUUUCACAUUUUUUUCCAGCAGUUAAUUUGUUUCCAAAGAGCAAGGUGUGUGUGAGUUCUGGAGUGAAGAAAUUUCAUUUUAGGAUGGUCUACUACAGACCUGACUGAUCAUUGAAUUGGUGUAAAUGACAAGAAAUAAUGGGGAAAGGCAUUGCUUUAAAGGGUAAGGAAACCCUGAACAUUUCAAACUAACCCAAUAAAUUUCCUCUUUAGGAGCGGCUUUGCCUUAGGCCAAAGUGGUUUGAGGCAAGGCUAAGAGAAAGGCAAACUUGGAGCCAAAAGUAAAUUAGAGCAAACAAAAUAGGAAUUGUAGAGGUAUUCAGUUAAAGGUAUAAGCUUUUGUUAGUAAUCCUAGGUUUUGUGUUUGGAGGAAAAAUGCGAUGGGUUUUGGUUUUUAAAAGGUAAAAAGGAUCAUGAACUAUAACCUGAUUUUGAAUUUUUAAGGUAAAUUUCCAGAGUGCAACCAAUACAAUAGAUGGGAUUUUUGUUUUAAAACACCAGUGAAUAUUGAUAAUUAAUUUUACUUUUAAGUGGAGAGAACUAAUGGUUUUGUGAGCAUUAUUUCUGAUGAUCAUUGGCACACGACAGCUAAUAGAGAAGGGAAUUUCUCACCUGGGAAACUCCAAAAUUUCUAGGAAUGUCCUGUAUUUUACCACCCCAAUUCUGGAGUGUGGGUGAAGUGAGUAAAACCUAUUUAAAGUUUUAUUUCAAGAUGCUUCUUAGGAGCCCAAAGCAUGGACAAGAUUUUCCUGUAGCCUAGAAUCUGAAGGAUUCCUGAAGAAGACACCUAUGAGAAAUCCGAAGGAGCCCCAAGAUGCAGGAUCCGGAUAAGUAUUGUUUCUCAUCGUUUUCAUUGACUUUAGAAAUAUUUCUGUAGCAGACAUAAAACUGGCCAUUUUAUUUCCCCUGAAAAUUUAUUUACCCUGAGCAAAGUCCUUUAAAGUAGAGAACCUGUAAAGAACAGAGCUAUUCCCCAAACUUAGUUGAAAUAAGGAAUGUUUAAAAUAGGAGCAUUUUACCUGACUAAGGUUUGAAAGUAACAUUUGUUAAUUUAGGAACUUGCAGCAGAAACUCCAGAGUGCUAUGUUAUCUUAAAGUAGUAUCAGAGGUUUAGAGUGAAAUGAUGGAACCUAAACAUAAUUGACUAAAUUUUAAAACCCUAGUAUUUCAACCUCCCCAAAGGGGUGUGUGUGAGUUGAGUGCAUAAGGUUUAAAUUUAGGAAAAUUUGGAAUUUUAAAAUUUAAAAUUUAGUGAGAAUUUUAGGAAUCCAUUUCAAUAGUGAAACAAAUUUGACUUUAAAAAUAGUUUUGAAGCUGAAGUGGCCAUACAGUCAUUUCAAUGUGGUUUUGGAUUUUUGGGUUAGAGAAUAUAUAGUUAGAAGCUUACUUGGUGUUAAACAAUAUUUUAAUUUUGGGCCGCAAAUAGGAGGUAAGGCCAUUUCCAGAUUUACAAAGUCCUGAGUAACCUGUGAUGUGGAUUUUGUUUCUGCUUUUAUACUUCUAUAGUUUGUAGGGUUUUUAUAUUUUGGUAAAGUAAGGCAAUCUUUCUGAUUAAGCAUGUAAAUUACCUAAUUUUAUAAUUUGUGUGGAAAAGACUACUAGAAUAUAAUAAGAUGGGAUUGCAGAUUUAAGGUUAGCAGACUGGAUAAUCUUUGUAGUAAGUGAGUAUAGAGGGAGUUGAUCAAGUCCUGUUAAAGAAUACGUUUAUGGAUUUCUCUUAGUUUUCUCUUGUAGCAGCAAGGAAGCUGGCUGAUACCAAAGGAGGAGUCUGCCAGAGGACAGAAGUCUGUGAGAGAGGAGGCUGAAGGCAUCAUCAGGACCCACCAGAUGUGAACGACUUAAGACUUUGGGAAAAGGGGUAGUGUUUUGAUUGUUAGUUUUUUGCCAAAGGCAGACUGCCUGCCUUUCUGGCUCAUGUCAAUGCUUCCAAGGCAUUGGGGAAUGCCCCCAAAUGCCAGUUCCCCUAACCUGUAUCCCUGAGCUUUUCCACCAUUAGGGGAUGGAAUCCAGUCCGAUAUAGUACCCAUUUGUCCAUUUGUUUGGCCAGCGACAUUCGAUCUUGACCAAAAGGGGGGUGUGUCAACAUGGAAUUUAGGACCCCAAACUUGUGGCCUAGUGGGAUCUGAUGAACCCCAAUUUUCAGGACUAGCUUGGAGAUUGGAGACCCCAAAGCUUGUUUAGGGAAUCCCAGGUUAGCAGUUUCAGACUGAGUGGGAGACCCUCAGGGGAUUGACAAUCCUAGUUUUGUGAGAUAAGCAUAUGCUAAGGACCCUCUUUGUUUUAGGUAGUUUCCCCUAUUGUAUUAGAACAUUUCCCAGGAAGAUCCACACCUGAGCAGAAAACAUCCUUUAGUAUCCAUUGUUAGCAGCCCCUUGUCUUACACCCUAGCCUUUAGCUAUGAUUCCUUUCCCAAGCUUGACUGUAUCCUGUCAGUGUAGUUUGAACACUCCCAGUUUCCUUGUAGCUAUAGUGAUGUCAAUCAUCUUUCCCUGCCCCUGGAUUCCCCAAAUGGUAUAUAGGUUCCCCAAAUUCCUUUGUUCCCUGGAUUCCAUUCUGAGUUGGUGGCACUCCCAGGGGUCAGUGACCAGGGCGUCCAGACUCUGUGCAGUCUUGGGAAGUAGCUCUGUUGUCGGGGCCUUUUAGCGCUGAACCCCUUUAGCCCUUGAUUAAAGAGAGAUUUUGACUAUUUAA